AUGACCCACGAAGCUGCUACCCAUAACAGUUCCACUCUUCAUCCUGUUGUGCCGCCUCACAGCCCGAUUUAUGUUAAAGCUUUGGAAGCCAAAAGGUACAUUAUCGGCCAACUCCCAGAGGAAUUGAGUAAACCACGUCUCGCAAUCAUCUGUGGUAGUGGUUUAGGUACUUUGGCAGCUGAUUUGUCUGAGCCUAAAUACGAAAUACCUUAUCAUGAUAUUCCUCAUUUUCACGUCUCUCACGUCGCUGGGCAUGCCUCCAAAUUGAUUUUUGCCUAUAUGGGUGAAAAUCGCAUACCUACAAUGGUUCUGUGUGGGCGUUAUCAUUCAUAUGAAGGUUACAGCAUGGACGUCGCUACCUUCCCUGUCCGCGUUAUGAAGGUUUUGGGUGUUGAAACCAUAAUCGUCACUAAUGCCUGUGGUGGUGUCAAUCAAAAUUUUAAUGUCGGCGAUUUGAUGAUACUGAAGGACCAUAUCGAUUUCCCUGGUCUCGCUGGCAACCACUCACUGAAAGGACCCAAUCCUGAAGAAUUUGGCACUCGGUUUCCUGCCCUUUCGGACGCUUAUGAUCUCCACCUUCGCAAGCUUGUUUACGAUGCCGUUAAGACCCAUUCUAUUGACCGUCCUAUCCACGAAGGUACCUACUGCUUUGUCUCUGGUCCAAGCUUUGAAACCCGUGCGGAGUCUCGCAUGCUCUCUAUGCUCGGUGCUGAUGCUGUCGGCAUGUCUACGGUUCCAGAAGUUAUUGUAGCUCGUCACUGUGGCAUCCGUGUGUUGGCAAUCUCCCUAAUUACCAACAAAGCUGUGAUACAAGAAAGCCCAUCCGCCAAAGAUGCCGUGGAUACUAGCUCCAAAAUUAUGUCCAAGGGCGCAGCUAAUCAUCUUGAAGUCUUGGAAGUUGGCAUUACCGCUGCAAACGAUAUUCGAAGAAUUGUCGAAACUCUCGUUAAUGACCUCUAA